CUGCGCUGCAAGUGAAAAUUUCGCCGGAUUUAUUUUAUUCGUACUUCCCCGCGUCGCUUUUUCGAUUUCAGUUUCUCAGUUUUGUUGUGCUCGGCAAGCGGAGCGGGUGGUGUGGGCAGUAUAUACAAAAAACAGAAGAAAAGAUAAAAACAAAAAUAAAUAAAACACAAAAUACCGAAUACCAAAUACCAAAAAAUUUAUAAAAGCGGGCAGCGCAGGCGAGGAAGCCGUUAGAAAGGAACGAUGCGGUUCAGCGACUACAACCGUUAUCAGUGCUUUUGCUCCGCAUUAGCUUCGCUUCUGCUUUGCUUCGCUGUCGGCGCAGCGCUAACGCGGGCAGAUGACGCCGGCAGCGAUGUCGACAGUGGCAGUUCCAGCAGAAAAUGGCUAUGUAGUCGAACGGACAUCUGCACCUCGGAGGCGGAGAAGGUGGUCGGACUGCAGUAUGCACCGGAGGUAUUUGAGAGCCAACGGGAUUGUCGGUUGUCCUGUGGAAAGUACGGAGCCAUCUGGCCCAUGCCCACGGGCAGGGAGUGCACCAUUUCACACGGUCGAGUGCGAUUCGAUCCGUGGAAAGUGCGUUUCCAUGUGGUGGCACCUGGCGAGGCAGCCACCCAGUUCCUCAGAGAAACAAACCGCCUAUUCGUUUCGAAUUUACUUAAGGAAUGUACACGAAAUUGCACACUGGAGAAUAGCAAACAAAUCCUGGUCAGAUCGACGGUGGCUCACGAAAGUCUCGUCCUCGACUGGCCAACUGAUGAGAGUUACGCUUUGGUAGUGCGAACCACGGAUACGGCCACUUUUGUGGACAUUCAGGCUGUUACAGUUUAUGGAGCACGACAUGCCUUCGAGACCCUUAGCAAUUUGGUCACAGGCAGCCUAUCAAACGGUCUGCUAAUGGUUAAUACUGCCAAUAUCACCGAUCGUCCUGCAUUUCCACAUCGUGGAGUUCUUUUAGAUACGGCUAGGAAUUUUGUGCCCCUUAAGUUUAUCAGGAGCACCUUGGAUGCCAUGGCGACUAGUAAGAUGAAUGUGCUUCAUUGGCAUGUUGUGGACACACACAGUUUUCCGCUUGAAAUCACUAGAGUGCCGGAGAUGCAACGCUACGGAGCAUACUCCUCAUCCCAGACGUACUCGCGUCAGGAUGCCCUGAAUCUAGUGAAGUAUGCACGUCUGCGAGGCAUUCGUAUCCUAAUCGAGAUCGAUGGACCCUCGCAUGCGGGCAAUGGCUGGCAAUGGGGUCCAUCUGCUGGUCUUGGAAAUAUGUCCGUGUGUUUGAAUCAAUCACCCUGGAGAAGAUUCUGUGUGCAGCCCCCAUGUGGUCAGCUGAAUCCCCUAAAUGAUCACAUGUACGCCGUGCUAAAAGAGAUUUUCGAGGAUGUUGCGGAGGUGGGAGCGCCAGAGGAAACCCUACACAUGGGCGGAGAUGAGGUCUUUCUGCCCUGUUGGAAUAACACCGAUGAGAUCCGGGAGGGCAUGCAGGCACGUGGCUAUGAUCUCAGCGAGCAGAGUUUCCUCCGUCUGUGGUCGCAAUUUCAUCAGCGAAACCUCAAUGCCUGGGAUGAGAUCAACGAACGCAUGUAUCCGGGCAUCAAGGAGCCCAAGUCGGUGAUCAUCUGGUCCAGCCAUCUCACCAAUCCCAGGUAUAUCGAGACAUAUUUGCCAAAGGAACGGUUCAUUAUCCAAACAUGGGUGGAAUCGCAAGACGUUCUCAAUCGAGAGCUACUGCAGCGGGGCUACCGCUUAAUUGUGUCCACGAAGAAUGCCUGGUAUCUUGACCAUGGAUUCUGGGGCAGCACUUCGUACUACAACUGGCGAACUGUGUAUUCCAGUGGCAUGCCCGUUGGACGCAGUAAGGAUCAGGUUCUUGGAGGCGAGGUGUGCAUGUGGAGCGAGUAUGUGGAUCAGAACUCACUAGAGUCUCGCAUUUGGCCACGAGCUGGAGCAGCAGCAGAGCGUCUGUGGUCAAAUCCCAAAUCCUCAGCCAUGCUGGCUCAGAGAAGGUUCUAUCGCUAUCGAGAGCGACUACUGGCCCGAGGAAUCCAUGCGGAUGCCGUGACUCCGCACUGGUGCGUCCUACACGAAGGGCAGUGCCUAUGAAAACUGGUAGCUUCAAACUUAGUUUUAGCUCCCAGCACGACAGCACUGUGUACAUACCUUUCAGUCUAUGUUAUUCUAUUCAUCAGUUAUUGCCCAUAAAAAUUUGUUUUUAAUCCAA